AUGGGCUCUUUGUCCUCUCCCGAAUACGAUGCCAUCAUUGUUGGUGGUGGCUUCGCCGGAUGUUACACCCUUGACCAACUCCGAAGGGCCGGAUUCAAGACUCUUGUGAUCGACGACGCAGCCGACCUUGGCGGUGUCUGGUACUGGAACUGCUACGCUGGUGCACGUGUCGAUACACCCGUACCUCUCUAUGAGUUCUCUGAAGAAGAGAUCUGGAGGCCAUGGACCUGGUCCGAGAAGUAUCCCGGAAGAGAAGAGAUCCGAAAUUACUUCCAGCAUGUCGAGUCCAAGCUACACCUCAAGAAGGACGUUAUGUUCAACACCCGCGUUGUCAGUGCCGACUUCGACAAAAUCGGCUCCCGCUGGACCAUCACUACUGGCGACAAGUCCGUCUUGACCGCUCGAUACUUCAUUCUCUGUACUGGCUUCGCUGCAAAGCCAAACAUCCCAGAAUUCAAGGGCCUUGAUUCUUUUGCUGGCGUGUCGUGCCAUACCUCGAAGUGGCCUCAGGAGGGAAUUGAUUUCAAGGGAAAGCGAGUUGGUGUCGUCGGUAAUGGCUCAAGCGGCCUCCAAGUCAUUCAAGAGAUUGCCCCCGAAGUUGACCACCUGACCGUAUUUCAACGCAGCCCAACCUACGCCCUUCCCAUGCAACAAACACCACUCUCCAUUGAGGACCAGAAGAAAGAGACAUAUAAGGAGCUUUACGAGCUUCGUAAGAACACUUUUGCCGGCCUCGACUUCGAAUUCAAUCCUCAGGCCUGUGCCGAAACAACCGCAGAGGAGCGCCAGGCAUUCUUUGAGAAGAUUUGGGCAAAGGGCGGACUGUCUUUCUGGUUGGGGACAUAUCAAGAUGUUAUCAGGAACAGGGAAGCCAACCAACAUGCAUACGAAUUCUGGCGCAGCAAGGUCUUGGAGCGCGUCCACAACCCCGCGAUGCAGGAGCUUCUUGCCCCGGAGAAUCCGCCAUACUACUUCGGAACCAAGCGGGCUACUCUCGAGCAGAGAUACUACGAGGUCUACAACCGUGACAACGUGGCUCUGAUUGACACCAAGGCCAAUGCCAUCGCGGAGAUUGUCCCCGACGGUGUCUUCACCGCCGAUGGCGAGCUGCACAAGUUUGACGUUCUCAUUCUUGCUACCGGCUUUGACUCAGUGACGGGAGGUAUCUUGGCGAUCGAUAUCAAAGGCGAGGAUGGGCAGUCAUUGAAGGAGAAGUGGGCGAAGGGCACGAAAACGCACCUUGGAAUGAUGACUGCUGGGUUCCCCAACGCACUGUUCGUCUACGGGCCUCAGGGACCGACAUCGUUCUGCAACGGACCUACGUGUGCUGAGCUCCAGGGCGGUUGGAUCCGCGACACGCUUGUUCACCUACGAAAGAACGGCAAACGCUACAUUGACCCUCGUCCGGGUGUUGAGCAAGAGUGGCGAGAUCUUGUCAACCGUAUUGGAGACGAGACUCUGCUGCCCCAGACCAAGUCUGAGUAUAUGGGAACCAAUAUUCCAGGAAAGCCUAAAGAGAUGCUCAACUUCCUUGGCGGCGUCGUCGAGUAUACUCGACGCAUCAAUGACUCGCUCAACACGGGCCUCCAGGAUUUCAUCGUCCAGUGA